GGGGGAGGGGGGGGGGGCUCCAGCCGGUCUCGCCUCUCUGCUGCAGCGGCCAUGCUGCCGUCCGCCCGUCUCCGUGCAUCACCACCUCCAGCAGCCUGACGCACGCCGCCGCAUCCGCGCAUCCCGGCUCCGAGGACCGGCCUGGACCGGGUCGACUGCGCAGUAGCGGUUCGGUUCGGUUCGCGCGGAGCAGGAGGUUGGAAGAGAGCGAGCAGCGGCGGCAGAGGAGAAAGCCUCCAUAGCAACAAACCGGUUCAGCGGCAUUAUUGUCAGGAUGGAGGGAUGCUGAGGGCUCCGGAACCAGAACCAGAACCAGGACCAGAACCAGGACCAGGACAGAAAACCCACCCCGGCCCAGUUACUGGAACCCAGCUGGACCGCACUGGGUUCACACCACAAUACACUGCUCACAGGUCACGUGUGGGUCGUAUACCUGGAGGGGCGAGGUUCGGGUCUAACAGAACCACUGAAGCAGUGGAGAGCCCUCGACCAGACUGGUUCUACAGCAGGGUUCCACUCACGCUGAACACCAGACGAAGCCUCUCGGAGCUGCGCUGCUUCACCACCGCUGGGACUGGGUUCAUGUUGAGGACUUGUGGGUCCGUGCGGUUCCUCUGUCCUCCUGCUGUCGCUGUCUCUUGCUGUUCAGCGAUGAAUUCCGUGUAGAACUUGGCCCAACGCUUCUGGACCACUUUGAAGAUGUCUCUCAGCAAAAGCCUGGAGCUGGAGCACUUUGAGGAGCGGGACAAGGUCCGGCGCGGCCGCUCCACGCGGCCGAAGAGGGACGAGUCCGCCGGCGCCGGUUCCGGUUCCGGACCCAGCUCCAGAGGCAGCAGCCUGGUGCCCAGCCCCGCCCACAGCGCCAACUGCAGCUACUACCGGACCCGGACCCUGCAGGCGCUCACCUCGGAGAGACGGGCCAAGAAGGUCCGCUUCUACCGCAACGGCGACCGCUACUUCAAGGGCCUGGUUUACGCCGUGUCCAGCGAGCGGUUCCGCUCCUACGACGCGCUGCUGAUGGAGCUGACGCGCUCGCUGGCCGACAACCUGCACCUGCCGCAGGGCGUCCGCAGCAUCUACACUAUCGACGGCAGCAGGAAGGUCACCAGCAUGGACGAGCUGGUGGAAGGCGAGUGCUACGUCUGUGCCUCCAACGAGCCGUACCGGAAGGUCGACUACACCAAGAUCUCCGUCCCGUCCUGGAAACCCGGCGCCGGCGCCGGAGCGGGCGGCGCCGCCCGGUCCACCACGGCGUCCGCCGGCGUGACGGCCGGCGCCGGCGCCAGGGAGCGGCCCGAGGCCCGCGAGGGCAAGGACUUCAUCAAACCCAAGCUGGUGACGGUGAUCCGCAGCGGCGUGAAGCCCCGCAAGGCGGUGCGGAUCCUGCUCAACAAGAAGACGGCCCACUCCUUCCAGCAGGUGCUGGCCGACAUCACCGAGGCCAUCAAGCUGGACUCCGGCGCCGUCAAGAGGCUCUACACGCUGGACGGGAAGCAGAUCACGUGUCUGCAGGACUUCUUUGAGGAUGACGACGUGUUCAUGGCCUGUGGGCCCGAGAAGUUCCGCUACGCUCAGGACGACUUCGUGCUCACACACAGCGGGAAAACGCAGGCUUUCGUCAACGAGUGCAGAGGCAAAACAGCCCGUUCACCUGCUCCUCAGAAGACGUCCAAGCCUCCCAGCAGCGCCGGCUUCUCCGCCUCCAGGACUCCACCCAAAGGCCCGUCCAGAACCAAGUCCCCGGGAGCAGCCAACGAGGCCCCAGAGUCGCAGUCUGCUGGGAAGUCGCCCAGGUCCAGUCCUGGGACGCGGCGCAGCCUCAAGGUGGCUCCUCGUCGCGUCUCCUCCACAGACGUGAACGGAGAAGCGGAGCAGCUGGAAGACGCCGCUGUUGAAGUCAAUGGGAAUCGAUCAGUUUCCUCCUCGAUCAUCAAUGAAAAGUACAAAGUUGGGAAAGUGAUCGGUGACGGGAACUUUGCUGUGGUGAAGGAGUGUGUGGAGCGGUCGACGGGACAGGAAUACGCCCUGAAGAUCAUCGACAAGGCGCGGUGCUGCGGGAAGGAGCACCUGAUAGAGAACGAGGUGGCCGUGCUGCGCAGGGUGCGACAUCCCAGCAUCAUCCAGCUGAUUGAGGUGGAUGAAACGCCCACUCAGCUGUUCCUGGUCAUGGAGCUCGUCAAGGGAGGCGACCUGUUCGACGCCAUCACCUCCUCCACAAAGUACAGCGAGCACGACGCCAGCGCCAUGGUGUUCAACCUGGCUGGAGCCAUCAAGUACCUGCACCGGAUGAACAUCGUGCACCGCGACAUCAAGCCCGAGAACCUGCUGGUGUGCGAGUAUCCGGACGGAACCAAGUCGCUGAAGCUGGGCGACUUUGGCCUGGCCACGCUGGUGGAGGGUCCACUCUUCACGGUCUGUGGGACGCCGACAUAUGUAGCUCCAGAGAUCAUCGCGGAGACGGGAUAUGGUCUGAAGGUGGACAUCUGGGCCGCUGGAGUCAUCACCUACAUCCUGCUGUGUGGAUUCCCUCCAUUCAGAAGUGAGAACAACGUCCAGGAGGAGCUGUUUGAUCAGAUCCUCAGAGGGAAGCUGGAGUUCCCGUCCCCGGACUGGGACCCCAUCAGCCUGCCAGCCAAGAUGCUGAUCAGUCAGAUGCUGCAGGUGGAUGUAGAUGCUCGUUUCACUGCCGAGGAGGUUCUGUCUCACUCCUGGGUGACGGAUGAUGCUCCGAUAGACUCCAACACUGUGAGCAGCACCGAAGACCAAACCAGUGGAGAAAUGCUAGAACCAGAACCAGAACCAGAAGCAGAAUCACCAGUUCUAGAAACCAAACAAGUUCCCUCACCUCUAGUCUAGAACACGUUCCCCUGUCACUGACUGGAAUUCAAAUGAAGUCAUGCAUGGAAGCCAGACAAACUGCUGACUCAGUAAAAAGAGUUCCAUCAUCGCCGGUCCAGGACCCAGUCAAAGUCAUCCAGAACUCCAACGAGGUAACGUCUGGAAAUAGAACAAGUCAGCAAAAUUUAACUGAAGGAUCCAAGCCGUUCAUCUUGUGACAAGCUGAACUCUUAGAUCCAAGAGGCAGAAGUCUUUUAUGAUUCACAACAUCAUAUCACUGUAUUCUACUGAAGUCAAAGCAGUUCCUUCACUCGCAUCCAGCCAACCUGAACCUCCAUUCAUCAACCUAGAACCUACAGUAUGUAGUGCCCCCGAAUCUAGAGCUUGGACCGGUUACUGUGUUGUGGAAAUCAAUCCGUCCCACAGGAAACUUAAACGGUUUCGGUCCGGUUCCGUAUGUGAUUUACUUCUUCUUGGUUUAAACCACUUCCAUUUCCAACAAGCGAAAACCAAAUAUACAAAUCUGGCCUCUGCUUUAAAACUUGAAUUCAUGUUUUAGAAGCCAAACCAGUCCAGAGUCCAGUAAAUCACGUGAUCAGUCAUCCCCCUGUUCAGUGUUAAUCAGUUGAUGCCUCGUGGAACCCAAACACACCCAGUCCUCCUGUUUGGUCUGGAUCCAGGGCUCAUGGACCUGUGUGGACGUCGCCUCUCUGCUGCCUGAAGCACAUCCAGGUUCUGCUCCAGGUUCCUGUGAAGGUGCUCACUCAUGGACUGGACCGUUUCAUGGAAGGGGCUGUGUGCUGGUUUGGAUAUAAUGGGCUGGCUCAUUCCCUCCGGUCCAGGGAUGCCUUGCUCUGCGGCCCCUGCCACCUGGCAACCAUGAAGUCUUCCAUUUGUUGUGGGAACCGUCCCGUCUCGCCUGCCUUUCCCUUCAGCUCUCCUUCUGCCGGCCCGAAGGACCGUGCCCCCAUCUUCUGCCUGGUGACCACCACUGAAGAACUGUGCCUGUUUACGCUGCUGAUUCCUCCUAAUAAGCUUCCAGGUCUCACUCCUCCACCAGUUCAGCCAGUACAUUUGGAUCCACUGGGAAAGUCAUAGAACCGCACUGGUCUCACUGGUGACCCACGUGAUGGGACCCAGUCGCAUACAGCAGCUGUGCCAUGAACGUUUCAAGUUCAAAAGUUUGAGCUAAAAUAGUUUCUUAUUUUACUGUUAAUUCUAAUAUUUUGGCCUACACAUAUAUAGAGACAACAGAUUAGAGUUAAUUUCAGAGUGACUGCAGAACAAAUGACAACAAUUAAUUCACUGGCUUUUUUAAAAACUAAUUUCCCACAUUUAACCUGAACUAAAUUAGACCUUCCAGUCCAGGUUCUUGCUCCAGCUGCAGUUUCUGAGCUGGCUCGGUCCAAACACAGAGCUCCCUGCCUCUCCUCCCACCACAGAUAUGGAGGAAUAUCUGUUCUAUACUGUAAAUAUUACCGUCUGUUCGUGUUUGUCUGUGUGAAUCAGUUGUGAAGUAGAGAAACAAUAGAAGUUAAAAAAUACAACCUCAUCAUAGACACAGUGUGUCGGCAAAAGCCUUGUUUUUCCAAAAGAGAGACCACGUCUUGAAUAAAAAGGGAUUUCACACAUUGAUGCAUUUUCACACUUAAAAUAAGUAUUUUCGAUAGCUACAGUAUGUAUUCAAUAGAAAAAAAGCAAGAACCAAGGUUCCAGAAGUGUCUGAAGAAAGACUCACGUGGAGUGGAGCUCCUGCCCGUCUGCUGCAGCGUAGCGUCAGCAGACGGGCAGGUCCUCAUGUAGUGUCUGUAGGCUGUGAAAUAGUGGCUCAGUUACUAAUUACUCCAUCCACUCAUCAUGUUGUCUGUCACUGCUGGUGACUACGUGCGAAGCAAACGUGUGUGUGUGUGUGUGUGUGCGUGCGUGUGUGUGUGCGUGUGUGUGCGUGUGUGCCUGCGUGCGUGCAUGUGUGUGUGUGUGUGUGCGUGCGUGCGUGUGUGUGUGUGCGUGUGUGCAUGUGUGUGCGUGCGUGUGUGUGUGUGUGCGUGCGUGCGUGUGUGUGUGUGCGUGUGUAAACAGGUGAGUGAUUUUCAUGGUCUGUUAUGUGGGAGGCUGAGUGCUCCUGCAUUAACGGAAGGCACGGUCGCCUUUAAACCUGAACACAGGCCUCAGUGGAGUGUGUGUUGACCUCAUGCAGUGUUUUGACCUUACUACCACCACCUUUCUAUGGCCUUGACCUCUGGCCUGAGUCACUGAUUAAGAGUUCGGGUACGAUGUUGGAGCCGUGUCACAGAUGUUGUGUGUUAGAAUGAAUGAAUCGUGUGCGUGAAGUCCUGGAGCACGAUUAAAAACACUUCAGCGCUGCUGACUUUCACCACUGUGAUUUGUUUGGACUGAAGAACUGCGUCACAUCCACUGGUUAUGAGUCAGUAACAUCCAUAUUGUUUAUAUUUUAUCCUGAGUAACAAACGGCCUCAGUACAAUUUAACUGUCCUUUCUUUCUUUCUUAUUGCCACAUUAACACUAAUGUCUAAGUAUUUCUAUGCUGCUCUCUGUUAGUUGGGCUUCAACGAGCAGUGGAGCUCUUACUCAGUGUCUCGGCCUUUGACCUUCUAUGCCUGCUACGAACCCGCUCGUCUUAAUCCUGUCCUCUUUGCUUUACGACAGACCAGAAGUCGCCUUGGGUUGAUGCCGGCGGAGCAGCAGCACUGGGUCAGCAGCUGGAAGCGCAGUGAUUCUGUGUGGGUGUGAUGGAGCCCGGGUGUGGGUGUUGGCAGGAGGGGCCUGGGUUCUGUCGUCACAGCUGGGUUCAGACCUGUCACCUGUAAUAAGUUACUCUAUGAUCUAAAACACUAACAGCUGCCUGUUAACCACUGAAGACCUGAGAGUUGCUGGAUCUGACCCAGUGCGGCUGCAGUUGUUGGCUCCUGGUGUUUUUUCAGAUGCAGUGUGCGUGUGUGUGUUUGUGUGAGUGAUCAUUUCACAUCAUGCCUCAUUCUAGACAAGAACUAAUUCCUGUUUCAUUUAACACAGUAGACACAUAGGAUUCUGAAUAAACUGGACUAGUUCUCCUGAAAGAAAUCCAACGCUGAGCUUCAUUAGUGAUUAAAGCCAUCAGUUGUCUUAUACAAACAGUUGAAACGUAUUCAAAGUAAAGUUGUUUUGUAAUUUUAGCAUUACAACUCAAAAAACAAAAAAACCCUAACAUUUCUUUUGAAAAACAUUAUUUGGCUCAAAAUAAACUGCUGUGAAGGUGUUUGAAGCUCAGCUGAGGCAGGUUCUUGGAGGAAAGCUGGUCGUGGGAGGAGCGGACAGUGUUUGUCACAUGCUGUGGACAUGUUUUAAGCAUCAGUGUAACGUUGUGUGUUGAACCCUGUGUGUUUGUUGGAAUCAGGGAUGAGGAAAAGAUGCAUUAAACUGUGAAAAUAAAA